AUGGCAAUCGGUACAGCAUAUAGACCGGAGUAUGUUAGUGUUCAAGAAACUCUAGAUGCACUUAGUGAGACAAUGAACUCUAUGGCACGAUGUGACAUCACAUGUAUCCUGGGCGAUUUCAAUAUUGAUAUGGCUUGUAUAAGCUCUUCAAAGGUGAAAGAACUUAAACAUUUUUGUUAUCAUUACAGUCUUCAGCAACUCGUAAAGGAACCGACUAGAAUCACCGACCAUUCCCAAACCAUAAUAGACCUCGUUAUGACUGAUAGCCCUUUAAAAUGCAAAUAUAUUGAUGUGAUACAUAACCACUGUUUAAGUGACCAUGCAUUAGUAAUUGUUGAUUUAGAUAUCAAAAAACCCAAUUUAAACAAAGAAGUAAGAAUUCAACGACCAUUAUAUUAUAUAAAUCAAGAUAAGUUUACAGAGGACUUAAAACUUAUUCCCUGGGAAUCUAUAUAUAAUCUACACAAUGUAGAUGAAAUGGUUAAAACUUUUAACAUGUACAUAAUAAAAUUAUUUGACAUACAUGCACCAAUUUGUAAGGUUGUUCUCAAAGAUAAGCCUAAACCAUGGAUUACAAACAUGGUUAAAUUUAUGAUGAAACUUCGCGAUAAAGCUCUAACAAAAGCGCAGAAAGACAAAAAAGACAGCUCGAAAGAUUAUUACCAAAAUUUUGUUACUGCAACAAUUGAAAUAGAACGAAAAGCCUACUAUAACAAUUUUGUAAAUAACAAUAUGAAAAAUCCGACUCUACUUUGGAAAAACAUAAAAAACAGUACCCAGUUUGAUUACAUGCACAAACCCAUAAUUCCUGAACAUCUUAAUGACCCCAAUAAAAUCAACGACCACUUUUUGAAUUUACCAGUCAGUAACAUUUCAAACAGUUCAAAGCUAAAUAUAAAUCAGCAUUGCUGA